AUGAAAGCUGAGACUGACCUCAACAUCUUACUGAAAACAAUAGCAGCAACUGAAUUAGCCGAGUCUGAGAAACCAAAGUCAAAAGAAACAGUACCAACAAAUGAAUCGGCUCCCCUUAUUCUAACAAAACCUAUUACUACAAUUUCACAUUCUUCAAGCAAUAACAAAGUUGUCCCUCAAAGGAAUUUCUGUUAUAUUCACCGUACUGAAAUGGUGCAAAAAAAACUGGCAAAUGAAUCACAAGUCGAUGAAUUACAAAAGCAAAUGGAACAACUUUCACUAUCAGACCAAGAACCCAUCAAACACAUAUGGUCACUAUUUUCUGCUGCACCAGCACAAAAUCGGUGUCUAAUUCUACAAGGAAUCCUGAAAGAAUGCUGUCUCCCGCAGCUUUCGUUUCUUUCAAACAGUCUAAGAGAUUUGAUUCGUAUCGAUUUUCUCGAUGCACUGCCUAGUGAAUUAUCCUAUAAGAUUUUGUCGUUUCUUGAUGCGAUUUCGCUGUGUCAUGCUGCGCAGGUUUCAAAGACUUGGAAUGUACGAAGUGUGGAUGGGGUCUUCCAUUACUGGAACGAAAGCGAAAAUCUCGGAAUAAGCGGCCAUGUGCUUCAAUUAGGAAUAGUUCGUCUUCGUAUUUCGGAGACAAAAUCUGCUGCGUUGUUUCCUCCGCUAGACAAGCCGCGUUCUUUAACAGAACCAAAACAAACACGGCCUUGGAAAGAUGUCUAUUCUGAACGUCUUGUCGUUGAACGAAAUUGGCGAAAAGGUCGUUUUACAUGUCGCACAUUAAAAUCUCAUACGGAUUAUAUAAUGUGUUUGCAGUUUGACGAUAGCAAUACCCUUAUCACGGGGUCAUAUGACUCCACGGUAAGAGUUUGGAAUAUUGAAACUGGCGAAAUGGUUCGCGUUCUUUCGGGGCAUCGCCGAUGUGUUCGCGCUUUACAAUUUGAUGAUGCUAAAUUAAUUACGUGUUCAAUGGACCGUACCCUGAAGCUAUGGAAUUAUCAUACUGGACAAUUGGUUCGAACCCUGGAAGGACACACCUCUGGUAUUAAUUGUCUGCAAUUUGAUGAUCAUAUUCUGGUUAGUGGAUCGGUGGAUGCGGUGAUAAAAGUUUGGAAUGUCCAAACGGGAGAAUGCUUCACAUUGACUGGCCAUUGUGAAAUGAUCAAUAAAGUAGCAAUUUAUCAACAGACUUUGUUAUUUUCAUGUUCCGAUGAUACGACAAUACGUGUUUGGAACCUGAAAACACGAUCAUGUAUAAGCAAACUUGAAGGCCACGUCGCUCAAGUUCAAUGCAUUUUACCUGCAUUACCAUCUCUCUUUUCCAGCAUCUUAGCAAACACCAACGAAGAAUGUCUUGAAGACUGGCUAAAUCACGAAGAUGAAUCCGAUAAUAAUAAUAUUCAUCAUCACGAUCACAAUAGUCUACCGAUUCUAGUAUCAGCCUCGUUGGAUAACACUAUAAAAAUUUGGUCAACGAAAACUGGCCAGUGUCUUCGUACACUUUUUGGACACGUGGAAGGAAUAUGGGGAUUGGCAUUGGAUAAAUUACGGAUGGUCAGUGUGGCACAAGAUAAAACGGUCAAAGUCUGGGAUAUAGAUACCGGAAAAUGUUUACAUACUCUUUACGGGCAUAAUGCGCCUGUUUAUUGUGUUGCAUUGGGAGAUACUAAAAUUAUUACGGCUGGCGAAGAUAUGGAAAUUAGAAUAUGGGAUUUUGGAACUUAG